CUCCACAGUGUCGGGUGACCGCCGCGGGGAGGCGCCUGCAACACACGGCUCGGCGCUCCGCACGGCAAAGUGUGUGUGUUGGACGCCAGUGUGGCGCUGGACCGCUCGCGAGGAAGACGGCCUAGUACACACGGAAGACGUAGAGCCUGUUUAAGUCAUGGCCAGCUCGAUACGAGGCCGGGCAGUCCGUCUGCUGGAUAAUUUCAUAAACCAGACUUUGGUGCUCUCUACAAGGAAUAUAUCUCGGUCGUUAAGUGAAAAUUCUAUACGAGGAGAUUACCAAGGAUGUCAAUCAUCAGUAUUAUUGACCUCAGAGACGCGUGGGCGUGCGCGGAGCUCCUACAGGCGGCUGAGCUCUGCGGGGCGGGCGCUUCGACAGGUGCAGGAACCAGGGCGGCAGGCGUCACCUCUCUCCCCCGCCCACCGUGUCAGUCUCAUCGAUACAGAUCUCAGGCAUAUGUUUGAUGAUAUUAAGAAGGAGCUGGAGUCUCAGUUUGAGCUUCAGGAGAUCGCCAAAUACUACUUCGACGGGCAGGGGAAGGCGGUGCGUCCACUCAUCACUGUGCUCAUGUCCCGGGCCAUCAACACACACCUGCACGACGAGGACAGAUUGUUCAACACCCAGUGGCAGGUGGCGAAGGUGACGGAGAUGCUGCACACGGCGUCCCUGGUCCACGACGAUGUGCUGGAUGCCUCGGAUACCCGCCGCGGCAAGCCCUCUGUCAACAACCUCUAUGGGCAGCGCAAGGCGGUGAUGGCAGGAGACUACAUCCUGUCCGUGGCCUCCACCAUGCUGGCCAGGAUACGCAAUGAGGAGGUCAUCGUGGUCCUCUCACAGGUUCUGAGUGACUUGGUGCAGGGGGAGUUCAUGCAACUGGGAUCAAAAGAAAAUGAGAAUGAGAGGUUUGCUCAUUACCUCAAAAAGACAUUCAAGAAGACUGCCUCUCUCAUAGCAUACAGCUGCAAGGCCGUGGCCAUCCUGUCUGGAGCAGAUGACAGCCUGCAGGAGGUGGCCUUCCAGUAUGGCCGUAAUGUGGGCAUCGCCUUCCAGCUAGUGGAUGACCUGCUGGACUUUGUGUCUUCCUCCAGCACAAUGGGGAAGCCCACGGCAGCUGACCUCAAGCUGGGCCUGGCCACUGCACCCGUGCUCUUUGCAUGUGAAAAGUUCCCGGAGCUGAACCCAAUGAUAAUGCGGAGGUUCCAGGAGCCCGGUGAUGUUCAGAAAGCCUUUGAACUGGUGCACAAGAGUGACGGGUUGGAGCAGACACAGUUCUUGGCUCGCCAGCACUGCCAGGAAGCCAUUAAGGUCAUCAGCACCUUGAAGCCCUCAGAGGAACAGAAAGCUCUCAUCACCAUAACAGACAAAGUACUCAACCGCAUCAAAUAGUACAUACCUGGCCCAGUGCAGGUGAGGCUGUGCUACCGACCCAUAUUGUAUCUCGUUAUAGUUUGUAUAUUUCACAACUUCAAGAUAUCUCAAUUCCUUGUUACUAAAGGUGGUACUUUUCUAAUAAAUGCAAGGUAAGUAUGACCACUGCAGGUUAUUGUUCAUAAAACUGUCAGAAUUUCAUUAUCUUGAAUUACUUCUUCAUACUCAGCAUAAUGGUAUCUCAUACAUUUCAAAGAAUUUUUUCACAGUCCCUUGAAUGUAUUUUUAUAACUGUAUGUAGAAAAUGUACAGCCUGACAAUGUAUGAAUUCUGAUCAGUACAUACAUACACAUGCAUUUAUUUAACUUAUAUAUAUUUAUAUAACUACAUUAGGUGUAUGUGAGGCAUUUAUCUCAAUGCAGUUUAUUGCAAAAAAUUACUGUUCAUUUGUCACAAAAAACAACGGUUUGAAUAUUUCUUGGGUCUGGGUUCUGGCCAUGCUACUAAAAUCAGUGAUGGCUGGUCAGCCGGAGCAUAGCAGCUGGACUGCAGCAUGUACUGCAGGUGUCACCCUUACAUGCCAGGUAGUGUUGCAGUGACUGCCUUUAUACCAACAUGUAACUAAACUAAGGCCAGACAGGCACAGAGAACGUGUGCACUGCUUAAUUUGUUUCCUUUCCUGCGAUACUUUUUUUUAAUAUUUCUUUGUACCUGCGUGGUCUUGGGUCGUGUACGUAGUUAUUUUGUAAGUAUUUUAGUGACGAUGCUGUAAAUACUUUUUUUGUUAUUUUAUAUUACAUAAUUGACAACUGUAAGUACAGAUGUAUGGCUUUGUGUAGGCUAAAGUCUUGGCUGGUAGUGGUGGUGGUGUGCAGGGCAGCUGCUGUGUGCCUUAGAGGUGCUGCAGCCACAGUGGUGCCAGGGACUGACAGGCUUCCUUCCAACACAUACCUACUUACAAAUAAAAAGAAAGCUUGUUGCCAGACGAGGACAAGCACCUAUGAUUUGAAAUAGAGAAAACAGAACCUGCAGUUUCAGUGCUGAAAAAGCAAACAAACAAGCUCUCUAGCAAAUGAGGACAAGCAGCUAUACAGUAAAGUCAAGGAAAGGAAGAUGAAGGAUUGUAGAACAUCAGUGUUGCAUCAUAAUGUGAAACACUAAUUUCUGAAAUUCAGAGGAUUUUCUUAUUUCUUCUCAACCCUAAAUUAUUGUUGUUUGAGUGCCUGGUUUGAAUCCAGGCUGGGGCAGAUUCUCCAGCUGUUCCUCCUCCCUUCAGGAUGAUCAAUAAAUUGGUGCCUGGAGAAACUUUGGGAAGGUAAACUGUGGAAACCCAGAUUUCAAGUAGCCUUGUGUCCUGUGUGAGGCAGGAGUCAUACACAUAUUAAUUUCUUUAUUCUCUCUCUCUCUCUCUCUCUCUCUCUCUCUCUCUCUCUCUCUCUCUCUCUCUCUCUCUCUCUCUCUCUCUCUCUCUCUCUCUCUCUCUCUCUCUCUCUCUCUCUCUCUCUCUCUCUCUCUCUCUCUCUCUCUCUCUCCAUCAUAAGCAUUUGUGUGUGUGUGUGUGUGUGUGUGUGUGUGUGUGUGUGUGUGUGUGUGUGUGUGUGUGUGUGUGUGUGUGUGUGUGUGUGUGUGUGUGUGUCUCCUUCCAGACAGGUGUAGGAGUUGACAAGUGCAUUGUUAGCAAGUGGAUCUGUUUGAAGUUUGCCCAAAGAGAUUCCUGUGAGUUGUGUUGUAAUGUGCUUGUGGUGAAGAGAGUUGAGAGAAAGCAUCCAUUCAGGAAAAACAAAACCAACCAUAAGAGAAGUCAUCAGAAUAGAAAAUAUAAUGUCUUCAAAUUGGAAGUUAUCAUUAGUUUAACAGUUGUUUGGCUCUGCAGUAUGAAUAUGUUGCCUGCAUUUCUCCAGUUGAUGAUAUGUAGAAGCAAUUGUUGGUAGCAAUGGUGAAAGUCACUUCUCUGACCAAAUAUUCCAGGAAGUUAGUUGUUAUGUUAUGUGAACACUGCCCUUCUUAAAUGAACUACCUCUCUUCCCCUCAUUUUUAAUUGAGGUGGUAAAACUGCUUAACUGAGUAAAACAGUGUAAACAACUUUUUGUACAGUUUGUAAUAUCUUUUUAUAAUUUGUGUUUUAAAGUGUUUAAACUGAACUUUCAAUUUUUUUCUGUUUUUAUAAUGCAUUUAUUUAUUUAUAAUUAUUAUUGUUAUUUACUAUUUUUUAUUAUUAUACUUUUUAAUUUUUUUUUACAUUAUGCACAACUUAAUGAAUUUAAUAAUAUAAUCUUGAAGACAGAAA